GGUCAGGGCAGUUGGUGCAUUAUAUCUUUGCACCAACAUUUCAUUUACUUGUUACAGUUUUUGGGGUUAUUCUUCUUCAAUCAUAUCUGCAAGCAUUUGGUAGUGCUACUCAAUUAACAUCUCCAUUCAGCGCAGCACUCAUCAUUCGGCGGGGAACAAUGCUUCCAAGGUUACACGUCUUCAAACGUAUGUGGAGAAGAAGCCUAUAAAUUUUGGCUUUGCUCAAACAAGUUGUGGCAUUUGUGAAAAGCGGUUCGAGUAGAUUAUCGCAUUCUCAUUAUUUGAGAUUGCAUGAUGAAUUGGCUAAUGUGGUAGACCGAUUGUGUUAAGGCAUUGACCAUUGGCUGAGGUCGCGAUGACUUCAGAAAUACAGGCCGCGCCCUGCAUGAUGAAGGUGGUCGAGAUGAGCUACUGCACUGAACCAGGCUGGCGUUUAGCUACUUCUCAGGAAGCAAAACACAACCUUGAAAUGAUAAAAAAAGAGGGUCUUCUCAAGGGACGACAAAAAGCUCGUCUUCUUGACGGCUGGAUAAGCCAGGGACGUGGUGGCCUCCGAAUCGGAGAUGACUUCAGAAGAAAUUUGGGACACAUGCUUGUUAUUCAAAUUCAGCCAUCACUAAACUACAGCUCAGGUAAUUCGGAUUCCGCGAGGAGCAUAUACUCAGAUUUUGCACUCACCCUCAAACGAAGAGAAGUUGCACUACUUUUGUGUGCGUAUGACUGGAAUUACGAAGUUGUGUACUGGCUUCUCAACUGUUGGGAAAGAGGAGAUACUUUUAACCCAGUAUAUGUGAGAGAAGGGAACACAUCUUUCAGCAAUAAGACGACAUUUGUAGAGAUGAACAAAAUGAUAUGUAGCUUGGGUAGAAUACUGGGCGAAGAGGGACUUGCUAGUCAGAAAGUGGAUACCAGAGCACUUUCUAAAGAUUCAGUUAAAGAAGUGAUGGUUAGCAUGGGAAAGUCGUGUUGGGACAAGUUCAGUGGGAAGAAUAAGAAGAUCCUGGGGCAAACGUUUCUAGAAAUGGUAGAUGGAUUUACCAGUGACACAAUAGGGCGAUGCUCAGAAGUGAAUUGGUUUGAGAAUUUUGCCUCUCAAGAAGACACAUCAAAUAUCUGGAAUUUCUUGUGGUACUACAUCUCCUCUAAUGUUGUAGCAAGCAUUGUACAUAAAUGCUUUUCUUUACUGGUUAAAGAUUUGGGCACUGAAAUGUUUCAGGCAAGAAGACAAAAGGAGUUCAUUAUGUCAACCGCCAUACUCCAUUAUGUCCUUGAAUAUGAGAAAGAUGAGGGAGAGGGGAUUCUAGCACGGGCAUGCAAAGAUACGGCAGGUGAUGGUCGGCAACGUUUCAAAGAUACACUGAAAAAUCGAUCUUUCUACCACUACGACGCAUCUGGAGAUUAUCCUGUACUCAACAAGAUUUUAAUCUAUGCAGCGAAGAAUGAAGAUAGCUUAUUGGUGAACAAGGUGUUAGAUUGGGGCGCCCAGCCACAAGCGAACCUUGGCCCAGAGCAACAGAAUAUGGCUCUAAGAUAUGCUAUCGAGCAGUGUAGAAGUAGCGAGAUUUUGAGAAAUCUUUUUGACAAAUGUCCUUCAAAAGAAGAGUUCGCCAAUGCGAAAAACGAAGAAGGAAAGAGUGCUCUUCAUUUGGCGUGUUAUUAUGGUGAUUUAGACAUGUGUCAGAUGGUUCUUCGAUACGGCGGAAGGCCGGAAGUUCAAGACAAAAGAGGCCGCCUCCCCCUCCACUAUAUGGUAGUUGGUAGUGCUAAAGGCUCUAAUGAGAGAGAAAAUGUUUUGAGAAGUCUUUUCGACAAAUGUCGUUCAAACGAACAGGUCUUCGAUGCAGCAGAUGACGAAGGAAUGACUGCUCUUCAUUGGGCUUGUCGUGAUGCUGAUAUAAGCGUGUGUAAUAUGGUUCUUGAAUACGGGGGAAAGCUGGAUGUUCGUGGCGAUAAAGGCUGCCUUCCCCUACACUAUGCAGUUAAUGGUACAGGGGCUGAUAGAAUAGAAAUUAUAAGAAGUCUUUUCCAGGAAUGUCUGUCAAAAGAAGAGCUUGUCAAUUUAUCAAAUAAAGAAGGAAUGACUGCUCUUCACUGUGCGUGUCGUGCUGCUGAUGUGAGCGUGUGCGAAACGGUUCUUCAAUACGGGGGAAAGACGGAUGUCCUAGAUGGUCAAGAGCGCUUCCCUCUCUACUACGCAGUUGAGAGAGGUAAUGAAGGCAUUGUCGAUUUGCUGAUUGGGGUAGGCGACAGCGAUGCAGUGCAGAAAGAACCUGUCUCUAAUCUUGACCUAGCGAAGAUGGUCACUUGUAAAGGCAAAGAUGGGGUGAGCCCUCUUGAUAUGGCCAUUAAGAAAUAUAACAUAAAGCUAAUGGUGAAGCUAUUGUCGGCUUCUCAACAACCAUUAGAGACUUAUAUUGAUAAGGUGGACUCUGCCAGGCUUUUGCGUGAAUCUGCCUCUGAGGGAAAUUUAGAAGUUGUGGAAAAACUGUUGGAGAAAGGAGCAGAUCCACUUGCUUGCGACAAUCAGGGUCAAACAGCUUUGCACCACGCUUCUAUGUGUGAAAAUGACUACAAUGCAUUUAAGGUAACUGAGUUAAUGCUCGCCAAAUGUACAAGCGAAGAAGAGAGAAAAAAAUGGGCAUAUAAACUAGAUGAUAAAGAUCAAACUGCUCUCUCUCUUGCAGCUAUGAAAGGACACGAACGCCUCUGUGAUUAUUUUUGUGAAAUAAAUAAAGAUGCAGAUGGACCCGGCCUUGUCUAUGAGGUGGUUAAAAGAGGCCACCAGGAUAAUCCAAAUAUCAUUUUCUCUCUACUUUGUAUGGGAAGUAGAGAAUCCAUAAUUGACUGGGGCAGGAGAGAAUCUGUAAUUGACAACAGCAGGCAGACAUUACUUCAUGUCGCUGCUUCAACGGGUAGAUUGUAUAUCACGGAUACCCUUCUCCAGUGGUCAGAGAAUCCUAAAGUAUAUGUGAGGACACCAGACAUCCUUGGACAGACGGCGCUUCAUAAAGCCGCUAAAGAGGGACAUGCUGAUACGGUCAUAGUUUUGUUACAUUGGGGAGCUCAACCAUUACUGGAAAGAGAUAGUGAUGGACGAACGGCACUUCAUUGUCUUGCGCAGAACAAAUCGGAAGACCAAGCAAUAGCAGUGGCUGAAUUGCUGUUAAAGAAGUGUGGGUCCGAUGAAAAGAAAUUGCUUUUUCUGUGGGCCUCUGCUGCAGGGUUAGGCACUGCAGACGAGCAUCUAGGCGAUUCUCCACUUAAGAACUUUCUCUUACAACAAAAGGAGCAUUUCACUAAAAAGAUAGGGAAGGAAAACAAUCUUUUAAGGACAGCUGCGUGUCUUGGUGAUGUUGAGAUGACCAAAGAAUUGCUUACAAGGGAUGCUCGAAUCGGCGACAUCCAGGACCAAAACUGGUUACAAGGUUUAAAAAAUGAAAAAGAGAGAGAUAAUGUUGAGACAGUAUGUAAGCAAAUUCAGAGUAUUGUAGAACAAGGAAACGAUCAGCCAGCCAUAUCUGACUAUCUGGGAAGAAGAGACUUUGCAUAUGGUCUUGCGGCAUUGUUUUUGAACCCUUAUUUAAAACCUCCUAUUACAGUGGGUAUCUCUGGUAGUUGGGGCAUGGGUAAAUCGAGCCUCAUGUUACAGACAGAAGGCAUUUUGUUGAAGACAGCUGCACAACUGGCAUUAUUAUUGCCAUCCGAAAUGACCAGCUCAGUGAUGACAAGUUCGAGUUUUCCGGGCAUUCAAAAUUUGGAACGAUCAGCAAAGGGCCAAAAAAAAUAUCAACAAAUCAAGAAAACGGUGGACUUGCUCAACAAUGACGAAAAUGAAAAAGACUCAGUUCGCGAGUGUUUAAACCAGUACGAUGCUAAAUAUCAUAAUAUAUAUAAAUCGCUAGCUGCUAUGGAAAGCAGUUACAUGUUCGAAUCAAAAGAUGAACAAUCAAAGUCAGAAAUUGAUUCUCCAAUAGAGGGAAGUGUCCCCGCUAUUUUAACUGUGCAAUACAAUGCAUGGAAAUACAGGAACGAAUCAGAAGCAUUAGCAGGCAUCGCAGUGGAAAUCACAAAAGAAAUGGAAGGAAUAAUGACAGAUGCCCAGUGGUUGAGCACGUGUUUGAGAAAUACCUGGCUAAAGCAGAAACAGGUUAUUUGGAUUGAGAUUAUCUUUCCAUGCCUCCUUGCAGCUCUAUUGGCCAUUUCAUUUACAUGGAUUUUAUGGCUUGUGCUAGAUAAAUACAAAUUCAAAGAUUCAAUUGAGAUAAAAUAUUCAUCUUUGCCUCUCACCAUAAUAAUUAUGGUCUGGACUCUGGUAAAGAAAGUGAUGAGUACUGUAAAUCCUGUGAGUGUUCAAUUAAUGAACUAUAUAAAACUUCCAGACCAUGCAGAAAAGCUUGGCUAUCAAGAAAGGGUCAUAUCUGAUAUCAAUUUCUUGAGAGAGGAAAUUAGCAAAAAACCAUAUUCCCUGUGCAGUGUUGCUUCCUACAUAUGGCAUUGCAUGACACAGUCCUGUAUUAUUUCAUUGCUAUCUUGUCAAAACCGUGGAGAUAUCUUGGUUAGUUCAAUACCAAGUGCUAAUCUAAGAAUAGUUGUAUUUGUCGAUGAUCUUGACAGGUGUCAGGAAUCUGUCAUUCUUCAGGUUUUGUCGGCUAUUAAUCUUGUAUUAGCAGUCUGCAAAAUCAAUGUCAUUCUCGGCAUGGAUAAAACCAUACUCCAACGGGCUAUAAUGAAAAAAUAUGGAGACAAAUCCUCAAAACAUAACAAGAAGUUGGCAAAUAUGUACUUACAAAAAAUAAUACAACUGCCAUUAGACCUCCCUGAUCCCAGUGAAGUGCAAUCAAAGAAGUUUUUGGAUCAACACUUGGGAGUUUUCCAAAAACAAAAGUCAGCAAGCCAAACACAAUCAGAAACAGAUGAAGAAGAUGAUUCCGUAGCAGAAAUAGAAAUAGCAUACAAUGCUUUAUUUUCUCUUGAGCGGUUCUGGGGAUAUAAACCUGAUUUUACAAAGAUACUUGGCUUGGUGACUCCUACUUCAGGUGAUGGUACUUCAGUAGAGACAGGAGAAAAUCUACCAGGAACACAAACAGGUGUUUCAAAAGAGGUUGCGAUAACUGUGCAGAAUGCAGGUGAAACAAGUGAUGGUAACUCGAAACAAAUGGGUCCCAUUCAAACCUUAUGGCAAACAGUAAUGAAGGUUGCCGCAAGUAUGAAGUGCAUCAAUCUUUCCAAAACUGGUCACAUUCAAACCAACCAUGGAACAAAAGCUACACAAGAAGCAAACAUAGAUAAAGGUGAUAAAAGUUCAAGCGACUUCAUUCCUAUAAGGUAGCUGCUGUUCAUGACGUACAGUAAAGGGGAGAAAAUUGUAUUUGAUUAUUUUCAAAAAAUGGCUACGGAUUUCAGAAAAUUACCUCGAGAGUGGAAGCGCCUCUUGAACUACCAUCGGCUUGUGUGGAAUAUCUUUCUGAUAAAUAAUGAAGCCAAACAUUUGGAUGGGUGGCAGGUUCAGUUGAUAACAUGGAUAUUCAUUUGUUGGGAGUGGGAGGAAAAUAUAAAUAUCCUUAUAGAGAAUUGGGACAGGCUUCGUGCUCUUGAAGAUGAAGGAAAACCUUCACUCCGAAAGAUCGUGGAUCAUUUUAUAAGAAAUGAAAGAUGUGUUAUUGCAGAAGAUAACAGUGAAAAGGACAAAGCUUUGGAUAAUUCUUUAAUCAAAGAUACAAAUGCACAAAAAUUGGAAGAAGACAAGAAAGAGGAGGGAAUUUCUAAGAACAACGAGGAUCUUGAUAGUAGCAACUCGGAACCAUCAAAAUUGGAAGCUUCUAAAGGUCAGCUGAUCGCACCAGCGGAACCCCAAGAAGAUGCCUUUGAAGCAUCAAACUAUGAACUUGCGGUGAGUUCCCUAAAGAUAGAAAUGACAGAUAAAUUGGAUAGAUUUGGGAAGCUGCAAGAGCAAUUGGAUAGAAUGGAGAAGCUGCAAGCAGAACUGAAAGAGCAGGUGGAUUCCAUAGUCAAGCAACGACAGGUCCGAUGGAAUGAGAAGAGCUCGGAGGAAAAGAAAUUGAAGUUAGAAAGUUGGAGGAAAUUGAAGUUCGCAUUAAAAAGGUAUGAUGUGUCAAUGGAUGGUAUACAAGCUUUCCAAAGGUUUAGAUUCUACUGUGUGGCUGGGCAUCUCCCAUGGCCAUUGCCUGAGAGGAGAGUUGCAGAUAUAGAAGAUGGAAGUAUAAAGCUAGGGAUUCUAAACACUAGUUUGAGUUUUAAAGAUCAUUGAUAUUUGGGGAAGCGCCCACUAUUCUAGCCUACCUCUACAUUGAGCGCAUAUAUGAUAGUUGAGAACUUGGUUUAAAGAUAAAUAAGCUGCAAUUUGUGAAAGCAGUUGUAGCUAAUUUAAAUUAAUCUCCUUUUCUACAUGAA